AUUAAGUUUGAAUGGUCAAACUCAGAAAGAACGAAAAAUACCAAACCCAAUGUACUUCAAACUCUAAAGAUCUUCUUAUAUAAUCUUUUGGAUUUCACUUUGCGAGAUGGCUGUCACCAGAUGGUAGCAUAGCAUAGGCAUCUCUAGUCAGAGCUUCAUUUGUAUACUCACAAAUCAAUUCAUUAUUAUUCAUUACACCAGAGGAGAGAGAAAGAGAGAUUCAUCAUCAUCAUCAUCAUCAUCAUCAUCGUCAUCAUCAAUACUUUUUAUUUUUGGGUUGAUCUGAUUUAAGAUUUGAUAAUAAAGAGUAACAAAGGAAGAGUUCCUGGAAUGGCCACGGUGGGCUUGGAGCCUAGUGCUGCGGUUAGAGAGUUUAUUGGAAACGUUACUGAUGUUGAUAGGUUACAUGAGGAGAUGAUUCACAUGAGAAUUCAAGAUGAUAAAGAAAUGGAAGCUACGAUUGUAUAUGGCAAUGUGACAGAGACUGGUCAUAUAAUAGUAACUACAAUAGGUGGAAGAAAUGGCCAACCAAAUCAGACAAUCAGUUACAUGGCAGAGAGAGCUGUUGGGCAAGGAGCCUUUGGAGUUGUGUUCCAAGCGAAAUGUUUAGAAACAGGAGAAACAGUUGCGAUAAAGAAAGUGUUGCAAGAUCGAAGGUACAAGAACCGUGAGCUACAAACAAUGAGGCUAUUUGACCAUCCUAACGUAGUGUUAUUGAAACACUGCUUCUUCUCGACAACCGAGCAAGACGAGCUUUACCUCAACUUGGUUCUUGAGUACGUUCCAGAGACAUUACACAAUGUUAUCGAACACCACAGCGAACUUAAGCAACGCAUGCCUCUUGUUUACGUCAAACUCUACACUUAUCAGAUAUUCAGGUCCUUAUCAUACAUUCACCGAUGUAUAGGCGUGUGCCACCGCGACAUAAAACCUCAAAACUUGUUGGUGAACCCACACACUCAUCAAGUGAAGCUAUGUGAUUUUGGAAGUGCCAAAGUAUUGGUUAAAGGAGAGCCAAACAUAUCAUAUAUAAGCUCAAGGUACUACAGAGCACCUGAGCUUAUUUUUGGAGCCACUGAGUAUACUACAUCCAUUGAUGUCUGGUCUGCAGGUUGUGUUCUCGCUGAGCUUCUUCUAGGACAGCCAUUGUUCCCUGGUGAGAGCCGUGUUGAUCAACUUGUAGAGAUUGUAAAGGUUUUGGGAACACCAACAAGGGAGGAAAUCAAAUGCAUGAACCCGAACUACACUGACUUCAAGUUCCCUCAGAUUAAAGCUCAUCCAUGGCAUAAGGUUUUUCACAAGAGGAUGCCUCCAGAAGCUGUUGAUUUGGUCUCUAGACUUCUUCAGUACUCUCCCAAUCUCCGUUGCGCUGCUAUUGAUGUAUUGGCACAUCCGUUUCUUGACGAGCUUAGAGAAGAUCCCAAUGCGCGGUUGCCUGAUGGAAGUUUCUUUCCACCACUGUUCAACUUCAAGCCUCAUGAGCUUAAAGGUGUGCCUCUGGAGAUGGUGGCUAAGUUAGUACCUGAACAUGCUAGGAACCAGUGUCCCUGGCUCGGCCUGUGAUUUAAUUUGUUGUUACCUGUAAACACACAAAAACUAGAGGGGAACAGUCUGAGAAAAACCAUAUCUUCUCUAUUUUCUUCCUCUGUUUUGUUAGUGUUAUUCAAUCUCAUUCCUAUGAUUCUGUAACCCUUUAUUCUUUGUAGUGAGUAGGGAAAGAACAAAGAUUUUUAUUCUGAAUAACAAAUAAAUUCAUUCUUA